AUGGAUACGAAAUCAUCUCCUCUCAGAGGCAACCAAGUCCAAAAGCCAUCGUCCCAGCAUGUGUUAUCACAUUCACGAUCUGGACUUCGGUUAUCUAAGCAUCACCGUGACCGAGCUGUGUCUGAUGCCAAGGAAAAAGAACUCCCCCUCGUGGAACGCACCAAUGCUAUGAGCGUACAAGACUUUGUCUCUCGUUAUAUCGAUCCAUCGCAACUACAAUUAAAUAUAGCCACUAAACUAGAAGACGAUUCUUCAACCACAACAACCACAACUGCCCCAAUCCAAAUAUAUUCAGCAUCCACCAUCCCAUCACUAGAUUUCGAGGGCUGUUUCUCCCUGAUCGAAACUACCUCAGCAGAAAACUACAAGGCCUCGUCAAUGGGCUGGUCACCAUCCAAGAAACGGAAGGAAAUGCGUCUGCCAGAUAUGCGAUUCAUGGUUCUUAGAGGACCACCACAGGCAUCACCGAUACCUCAACGAAAUAGCAGUAAUAACAACAAUAAUAAGCGCACCACCCGCAACAGCUCUGGUACUAGCACCCCUGGCGAAAGUGAGGUUUCGUCCACAUCUGAAUCGGGACCUGAAACUGCUCCCACCGCAGCUGCGACAACAACAACGACAUCCCCACACUCCGAGGUCCUGGGUUUUCUAUCAUUCAUGACCACUUACGAAGACGGCAAGAAGGUACUGUACUGCUACGAAAUCCAUAUUCAUCCUUCCCUCCAGGGUCAAGGAAUCGGUCGCCACCUUAUGUCUCUAUUCGAGGAGACAGGACGACGGAUCGGGUUGGAAAAGGGCAUGUUGACUGUCUUCAGGGCUAAUAGUCCCGCGGUGGGGUUCUAUUCCCGGUUGGGAUAUACAGUUGAUGAGUAUUCACCUGGACCCAGAAAGCUAAGGAAUGGUACGGUCAAGGAGCCGGAUUAUUUGAUAUUGUCCAAAGCGUUUUGA